CCCGCCGUGCUUAUAAGAAGGAAGAUCAUGAUGGUCGUCACAGGUCCAGUUCAAGUCGCUCCCUUCACCUUCCUUUCGUCCUCGCUCUGCAACAGUUCUUGUUCGCUCUUUUCGGUUUUUGAGUAGUGGGUCCUUAUCGCGACUGCUACGCUGCGAUGUUGCCUUUAUUGCUGUCUAUCUUCACCCUCUCUGGAUUCGCCGCUGCCCACUUGGCGGCGUUCCACGAGGCAAUGUACUGCUUCAACGGCACUACGGCGGGUCAGGUCAACUACAACACCAACGACGCUGUCAAUCCUCUGUGGGACCUGGCGCAGAGCGAUUAUUGGUUCCAUCACGUCAAUAAUUGCGAUCAGUUUCCCCCGGCACCGGGUGACGUCCUUGAACUGUACGUAUUCACAUGUGUCACGCUUAGUUUUGUCUACGUUUUCUCAAACGACGCUACGACAUAUAGUCCCGCUGGCGGGUCUUUCACAGUCGAGAUCGCGGGAAACAGGGGCGUUACUAGUUAUUCCUUCAACGGCGAGUACGCCACCGAGUGGACGGAUGGGCAGAACCAUACUGGGUCUACCGAUGUGCUCACACAGGCUACAUACUCGUCGGAAGGAUGUGUUGUGGAUCCUAAUAUUCAUACGCAAAACGAGACAAUGGCUUCCGGGACGGCAUUUGCGAUUUCAUAUAAUUCUGAACUGAGUCAGGUCACGCUGGACAACCUCGUGGUAUUUUCAGUGCUGUACAAUACACCGUGGAAACGUGUAACAACCUAUGAUGUUCCUGCUGCGAUGCCCGCUUGUCCAUCCGGUGGCUGUAUAUGCGCAUGGGUCUGGAUCCCUAACGGAUGUGGCGAGCCCAAUAUCUACAUGGAAGGUUUCAAGUGCACGGUCACGAACGCCAUGUCAACGACACCAGUCGGUACGCCGAAAGCGCCGGUAUGGUGUGAAAGCGACCAGAGCGAAUGUGUCCAGGGCCCGAAGCAGAUCAUGAUCUGGAAUCAACUGGAAGGCAACAACAUCGAAGUGAGCGGAAAUGAUCUCAGUGGAAUGCCGAAGAGUCCUGCCUACAAUGCCAAAUGCGGGUUCCAAAACGGUGCCCAGAACGAUAUAUUCGCCACGAGUACGUCUAGUAAACGCAUGGUGGCAAGGCACAAGCGCCCCGCGACCGCUCUCUGAGCUUGCGUUCGCGGCGAGGGUGACCAGGUGUCAUCAGCGCCUUUUCUCCUACUCCUGCUUGCCAGUUUUCUCGUUCGCGUUAGAUAGCUUCUUUGCGUUCGCUGUUUCGGCUUUAUUCAAUCCCCUCAAAAGUUCCUUUUAUACCCUCGUUCAUUCCAAGAAAGUACGUGCUCCUUCCUUUCCGUUGAGCGGCAUUCGCGUGUCGAAUAUGCACUGGAGAUGACUGCGGUGCUGGGCCAUCUGAAUUCUUCGCU